GUUAUCGAAUUGUAGUAGCAGUACCAGUGGGAUCAUACCUAUGGAUGUCGACACAACAACAACAACAACAACGACGACGACGCAUCUGACAACACUCUCGACAAUGGAUACCGCCUCAAGCAAUUUGAUUGAUUAUAUUGGCAUUGUGACUCGCGUGAUUGAUCAUUUUUUUGGUAUCUAUGAACUCAACAAUCAAGUUAUUUUAUGUCUUUUCCAUCAUAUUGGCGUCACUGAAACUUGUCCUUACCUUGUGGGAACGAGAUUGGUGAUCUCUCAUGUUCAUCGGCUGGCUAUUGUAUCGAAUGUAGACAAAUCAUUAUUAUUAGACAUGCAAUGGAAGAUACCCAAGGUAGACCUUGAUGAUGAAAACAACAAAGAUGGAUCCACUCGAUUGUCUGCUCGGUGUGUAUUGGUGGCCUGUAUGCGAAGUGAUGUGCGAAUAGACCGUUUUAUUGACGACGACAGCAACAAUAUUGUACAUCUGGAUCACUACAUUGAUACUACUAUGGAUGAUGAAAGCAAAGAUACGACAUUAUCUGAUAAUCCUGAUGAACUAUCUGCAUCUUCUUUGUUUGGCGCGACUCUUAGACGAAUGAUUUAUGCUCAUUGUAUUGGACGACAUCUCAACUUUCCGGCAAUGAUUCGACAGUUGGAACUAUUUGCAUCAAUCCAAAUCAAAUUCGCUAAUUUACUCAACCUCAAGAAUCAAAGUGGCUCAGAUGACGAUGGUGUAUCUCUUCAAAUGUGGGUAGGCAAGCAACUGAUCGAAACAGUAUUCUCUACGACAGGCAAUCGAAGUACGCAUCAACAAGGUGAUUUGUAUGGUGACUUUUUUCAACAUGGACAAUCAUGCCUUGCGGUUGAUGAAGUGACAAAUGGAUCAUCCAAAGUGGUUCUAGAUGAAUGCCCUUCAUUACAACAAUUGGUAUCAACAAUACUUGACAACGAUAUCGACGACAUGGGUUACAAACUGAACAUUUCUCCACUUAUCGAAGUGCCUCCGUCCUUCAUUACUUCUCAUCCUGGCGUCACUAGAUAUUAUUACGAUGCAAAGACAAAGGACAUUGCUUGGGUGAUUGGUGUAGUGGAUUGUUUACCUGAUGGCGAACUAUAUUUUAUGGACGAUACGUACAAGAUAAAACUUCUAUUGACUGGUACUGGACGACAUGAUCAAGCGUCAACAAGGUUAUCAACAAUGUCAAAUGUGAUUUUGGGGAAUAUAUAUUUGAUCAAAAGGUUUCAAUUGGUGGUGGAAAGGAUCUCAUUUACUGGCAUGUCAACAACAUUGGAACACAAGUAUAUGAUGUGCAACUAUCAAGAUAUGAAACAGAUCGCCGCUAUUCCUCACUCUCUACCUGUUUCAGUUAUCAAUAACACAAGAUUAUGUUUAUCACAGCCGAUCAAUGACAAGGACAAGAUACGACUAGCAUCUUUCUUUGUGGAAAAAGGUGGUGGUAUUCUGGAACUUGGGAUUACUAUACACUAUGUUAUGGAGAUGCAACCAACAACAAUGAAGAUAUGGCCAGAUGGAACAAUAGGACUUGAAAGGUGGAUACGUACAAUACAGUUUGAAUUAAAGCAAGAUGCAUAUGGGCAACAAGGCAAUGACAAACCGCUGGUGACUACACUGGUGUUUACUUCUCGAUUGGAUAGUCUCUCUUAUGUUAGUCAGUUGGAAAUUGGAUCGCUAUUUGGUUUGACGACGAUGGAGGUGAUAUCCCCGUCUACUGUAUCUAACGACAUGACAGCAACAGAAGUGGAAUCAACAGAAGCAAAAGAGCCAACAUACUUUGUGGAUAGUGCCGUACAUCGUUUUUAUCCUAUCGACUUUUUAUACCAUCAGCAACAACAGCGACAACAACGACAACAACAGCAAAAGCAGUAUUAUCAACAGCACAUCUUACAUAUUCGGCCAGUAUUAAUUGACUCGGAAAUGACAAAUGAUCAUGUUGGCAACGCCUCGAAUGGCAGUAUUUGGAAAAAAGCAUUGAUUCCCAUUCUUGAUAUUGCUGAUGCCAUUCGCCCCAUGGAAACCUCUGAUGAACAACAACAACAGGAAGAAGAGGACGAUAUAUCAAAAGACACUCGAACAGCAAAAAAAUACGAUGGAUCAGGCAACAUUCAUGGCAUUGUUUUAUUCAAAGGAUUCCUUACUGAUGAUACAUCGAUCUCUAGUGAUGCAAGCAAUGAUAGACUUGGUGAAGAUAGUAUGGACAUUCAACUGGCUGAACGUCUUGGCAUUGGAUUAGGUAGAAGGGGAUUGAAAUACUUUUUACGACUUCGACAAGUGGAUGGACUGGAAACAACGGAUGUUUAUAUUGGUGGCAAAGGUAUUCAUCAAGUUCAAUAUACGAUUGGUGUGAUUCCUGGAAAUUUGGUGACAUUAUACAAUGUGGAUCGACGACAAGCCAUAUCGAGUGGCAAAGUAUAUUAUGCUGGAACUCGACGCACAUAUAUUCAAGCUCACGCUCAAAUUGAUCCGAUUCGAUACAAGGAGUUGUUUGCAAUUACAAAUACAAUGGGUUAUCCUACACGAUCUUUAUGUAAGCUAUUACCUUGUGACAACAAAAAGAAUGAUAUUGGUGCUGAUGAAGGUCAAGUCAACGGUAUAUUCAAGGCAGUGGUGACUAUCCGACGUAUUCUCAAGGUUCAACUACAAUGGGUGUGUACUGAAUGCAAUUCUGCUGUCUCGCAAGAAAAAUGUUCAAAGGGAUGCAACAACAACUCAAGAUAUUUGUUCAAGGCGGAAGCAAAAGUAGAAGUCAGUGAUGGGACGGCGGAUGCAACGGCAAUGAUUGAUGGUGAAGCAUUAGUGUUUCGGUUAUUGAUGCUCCUUCCUUCACAACAAGAAGCUCUGAAGAAAGCAGCGAUGAAUCAUGGGACACUCUCCUCUGGAUUAUGGAUACAUGGCUUUAAAACUGGGAAACAACCAUUGGACAUUACUUCCAUUGCUUUGAAGAAUGGUAUGACUUUGGACGAUAUUUGUACACGGGCACGACGGUAUGGAAGGUACUGUUUAUAUGGCAGGCAAUACUAUCAUCCAAAAUAUAGGACAACAACAACAGAUGAUGAUAUGGCAUCCUCCAGUUUAAAAGCAUUACAGUUACGUAUGAUCACUCUCAGUCAUCAAGAUGAAUCUGUCACCUUGGCAUUUCCUUACACUAGAAUCAAAGUGGAAGCAAUCGAACACGUGGCAACAGAACAACAUGCUUGGCAUCUUCUUGAUCAAUUAUUAUCCUAAUCUUUUUUUUUUUUUGAUUAUCUUCUUUAGUUUCUAGAUUUCACCCUAGUUAGCGGAAUACUUCUAUUUUUAUUUUAUCAUUUCUCCGCCUUUUUUUUUUUUUUUU